UAACGGAUAAAACUGACUCUGAUUAAAACAGUGUCAGCGCGUCUCAACUGCACUUUGUGAAUUUCACCUUAUUAAAGUCUGUUGGUUUUUUUGACGUCAACAUGUUAUAUUCGACUGGACAAGCAGGCACUGAGCCCACCGUCAACAUGACCUCUGACUGCAUAGACUCCAACCAGUCCACAAACCAAAGCGAAGUGAGGCCUCGCAUGAUGGGCGUGAUCCUGAGCAUCGCCGCCUGCCUCAUCAUCUCCACCAACCUGGUGGUGGCGCUCGCUCUACUAAAGCUGCUCCUUAAGAAGAGCAGCCAGAGCUGGUGCUUUGUCCUCAACUUGGCUCUAGCCGACGCCCUGGUGGGUGUGGCCAUCACUGGCCUGGCCACAGAAGACUUCAACAGCAACAACAACAUUAUCCCUCAGAACCAGGUCACUGCUGGUCUUCCCACAAACGCCACGCCUCCUGCUCAGGGGAAGAACCGGUGUCUGAUGCGGAUGGCCUUUGUGACCUCGCCCUGCACGGCAUCCAUCAUGUCCAUGUUCCUGAUCUCGCUGGACCGCUACGCGGCCAUCAAGAUGCCCUUGCGAUACUCUCUCCUGUCUGGGAAGGGGACGGCAGUCGGGUCCUUGCUGGCUCUGUGGAUCAGCGCCAUCACUGUGGGAUUCCUGCCAGUCAUGGUGCGGCAGCUGCAGGCGGAGGGUUACAGUGGCUUUUGCGCCUUCUUCUCCGUCAUUCAUGAAGUGGGCAUCAUCGUCCUGUUCAGCUUGUGCUUCUUCCCCGUGCUCUCGGUGUUUGUCUACAUCUACCUGGACAUCCUGAAGAUCGCCUGCAGCCACCAGAAGCAGAUCUGUCAAGUCAGGCAAGCAGGCUCCAGGACGGCUGACCACCACGGCCAUCAGCAUUAUCAACAUCACCACCAGCACCAGCAGCUGAGAAGUGGUUACUGGAGUCACGUCAAGGCCCUGAGGAUGGUGGCGGUGCUCGUGGGCUGCUUCUUGGUGCUCUGGUGUCCCUUCUUUGUGGUGUGCAUAGUCCACGUUCUGUGUAAAACCUGUGAACUCGCUGGCGUGCUGGAGAAUUAUCUGUGGCUGUUGGGACUGUCAAACUCACUGAUCAACCCCCUGGUGUAUGCCUUUUGGCAAAAGGAGGUGCGGCUGCAGUUAGCAGCCAUGUUUUCCUGCUUUACGGGCAGGUUGUUGGCUGCUGGAUCACAAGGUACCACAGACAGAUACGGCCAUCAGCAACCUGUGCAGCCUCAAGCCUGUGUUUCUGGUCUAGAUGCCGUUAACCCCGCACUGUUGCCAAUUACCUGCAACAAUGAGGCUCAGACUGCGGCACCGUCUGCCACAAGUGACUUAUGAAAGAGGUUAACAAAACAGAGGUAUUUAAGCCAAAAUUAAUACAUAUUACUAUUAAGUAUUAUUUCAAAUUUGUGUUUAAAUUUGUAAAUAUUAAAUUUGAAAUGGAACACUGUUCAUAAUUCAUACAAACGAUUUUAGUCCUCCUACUGGGCCUCAGCCCGAUUCAACCCAGUCCCUUCAGGCCUGAGACCAAACCACUAAUAAAGUUUUUAAAC